UUAUCGUAAGUAUAUGAGGGCGCCACAAGACUGAUGAUACAUAACCUUAAAUUUAAAAAUUAUUUAACAUAAUAUGUAACCGAUAACUUGAUCUAUCAGUGUAAGUGUAUGUUUGUUCUGGAAAUGUUUAUUUUUUAUUGUCAUUGAUAUAUUUACGUAAUGACGAUGAUGAUGGAGAAUUUAGAAAAUAUUAAUCCAAAAUUAUAUAAAAAAGUAGAGGAUAGACAAAUCACGGCUGCUGAGAAAGACGAAGAUAUCGUUGAUGCAUUUGAUGAAAGAGAAGUUUUUGAUAUUAUCAGAAAUAUCAAUGAUCCUGAACAUCCUUUAACGUUAGAAGAAUUACACGUUGUUGAAGAAAAUCUUAUAAAGGUUAACGAUGCAGAAAAUACAAUUGAUGUUAAAUUUACACCAACGAUACCUCAUUGUAGUAUGGCAACUAUAAUUGGCCUUACGAUAAGAGUACAAUUAUUAAGAGCCUUACCGCCUAGAUUUAAAGUUUCUGUACAGAUAACUCCUGGUACUCAUGUAUCAGAAGAAUCACUUAAUAAACAAUUAGCGGAUAAGGAACGAGUAGCUGCUGCACUUGAAAAUUCACAUAUAGUUGAAGUUAUUAAUCAAUGUGUUUCCGAUCUUAAAUAUUAAAAAUAAUAGUUGUAACUUUUGCUUAGUUGGAUCAUAUGAAUAUGUUUUAAUUAUGGGACCCCUUCCAGCUCUGUUAAAUUGGACCGCAUCUGCGUUGUCUCUGUCAG